UUGGUUGCGGAGGUCCUGUGGUGCCGCAGCAUCAAGGACAUGGCCACGGCCACGGUGGGCAUGGCCACGGCGGACAUGGUCAUGGGGGACAUGGCCACGGCGGCCACGGUCAAGUGGGAUACGGCCAGUACGGCGGAUUCAAUCGACCCGUUAAUUACGGAUACAACCAAGGAUUCCAACCCAAUCCAUUCGCUCAGCACCAAUAUCCAUUCAAUGGUGGUUACAACGUUGCUUCCGCUGCCUCAGGUUUCGGCAACCUAUACAACGACCGACAGUUACGGGGAGUACCAAUCUCGUGAGCAAAUUAUCAACUUGGACAGUAAAGUAAGAAGCGAAGAUGAGCCUAACCCUGAACAUCCCCACGUCACACAUCCUACAUCUUAUAUGGACACGAUGUUGCAUCUAUUCAGAGGUAACAUUGGUUCCGGCUUGCUAGCUAUGGGCGACGCUUUUAAGAACGGUGGAAUUAUUUUCUCACCCAUCAUGACAGCUAUACUCGGUGUUAUAUGCGUCCACGCUCAACACUUACUGCUGAAUUGUUCAGAAGAGAUGUAUCGGAAAACUAAAAGGGACAAGCCUCCGGGUUUCGCGGACACAGUGUCUUUGGUGUUCGAGUAUGGACCAGUGAGAUUGAGGCCGCUCGCACCAACUAUGAAAAUACUCGUGAACACAUUUCUAUGCAUCACACAACUCGGUUUCUGCUGUGUAUACAUAGUUUUCAUCGCGAAUAACGUUAAAAUGAUAUGCGACCAGCGUGGCUUACACAUAGAUUUAACAAUACACAUGAUAUUCGUCAUAAUACCGAUAUUACUCAUCUGUAUGGUGAGAAACCUCAAAUAUUUGACUCCAUUCUCGACGCUGGCUAACGUGAUGAUGGCGCUAGGAGUUGGGGCUGUUCUGUAUGAAGCUGUACAGGAUCUACCACCGGUGGAGACCAGAGAUUACUUAGCACAUUGGAGCCAAUUACCUUUGUACUUUGGUACAGCUAUUUACGCUUUCGAAGGCAUCGGAUUGGUGCUGCCUUUGAAAAACGAGAUGAAGAAACCGGAACUCUUCCAAAAGCCUUUGGGCGUUUUGAACUUGGGCAUGGUGAUUGUCGCUGGUAUAUUCGUGACUGUGGGAUUCUUUGGGUACCUCAAGUGGGGUGACGAGGUCGCUGGCAGUGUUACCCUCAAUCUGAACCCCGCGAAUGUUUUAAGCACUACGGUCCAGGUGUUAAUAACUCUGGCCAUGCUUUUGACGUAUCCUCUCCAGAUGUACGUACCGGUGGCUAUAAUGUGGCCGCCUCUUAGAAAGAAAUACGCGAAAUCCUCCCCCGUGGCUAAAGAACUGGGAUUCAGAGUUCUGCUAGUUUUACUUACCUUCGUUCUGGCGGAAUCGAUCCCACAGCUGGGACUCUUCAUAUCCCUGGUCGGAGCCAUUAGCAGCACUACACUAGCCCUCAUGUUCCCACCGAUCAUACAACUAGUCUCACACUAUCAAAACAACAACGGCCUAACAAUUUUCAUUACAGUGAAGAAUCUCUUGAUCAUAUCUUUGGGUUUGUUCAUAUUUGUAACAGGAACAUAUCAAAGUAUAGCAUCUAUUGUACAAGCGUUUUAG